AUGGCGGACGCUCUUUCCAUCGAGCAGAAUAACAAAAUUCGAGUAGCCCUUGGGCUCAAGCCACUCCCCGUCCCCGGAGCAAACGCCGACGACGCCACCGGUCCGCAGUUCAAGGACGACGCGAGCGGAUCCGACUCCGACGAUGACCCUGCAAGCACUCUAGAGACACGACAAGCGCAAGGCUACGACAACUGGAAGAAACUUCAGGAUGACGCCGAUGCAAAGCGGAGACGGGAGGAGAAGAAUGCCGCGAUCAAGAGAGCGCGUGAUAUCGCUCAGAGAAAUCUGAAGCUGCAAGGCGCCACACUUGGAGAUGAUGAUGGCGCAGAUCUGGAUACCAAGGCAUGGCUGAUGCAGUCCAAGAAACGCACCAAGAAGGUGGAGAAGGAGCGGGCGCGCAAACUUGCCGAGGAACUGGCAGAGCGAGAGCGCGAGGCAGCUGCUCAAUACACCGCCGAAGACUUGGCUGGAAUUAAGGUCGGACAUGCGAUCGGCGAUUUUGCGGGAGGCGAAGACCAUAUUCUUACCUUGAAGGAUGCGGCGGUGGAUGACGAGGAAGAAGGCGAUGAACUCCAAGACAUUACCCUGGUCGAGAAGGACAAGACUGCGGAGAAACUCGAGCUCAAGAAGCGGAAGCCCGUCUACGACCCUAAUGCCGAGAAUCAGGGAAUUCUUGCACAAUACGACGAAGAGAUUGAAGGCAAGAAGCGAAAGAGAUUUACGCUGGAUGCUAAAGGCUCGACCGAGGAGGAAAGACAAGCUAAGCGACAAGGAGUUUCAGAGGGCUUGAAGAGAGGUGUCAUCAGCCUUGAUUUGGAACCGGAAGUCCACACAUCCGAUUAUAUGGACAUCAGCGAGGUCAAGAUCAAGAAGCCCAAAAAGAAGAAGAACAAGACGACAAAGCAAAGAGCUGUGAUGGAUGACGAGGAUCUCUUCCCUACGACUGAAUCCACGGGUACACCGAAUGGAUCAUCGAUGGACAUCGAUUCCACGAAUGGAAUUUCGGCUCCAGCCCCUCGGAAGCCGAUUAACGAAGACGUUUCCUUUGUGGACGAUGACGACCUUCAAGCCUCGCUUGCACUGCAGCGACGCGCUGCAUUCAAGAAGCGCAAGAAGCUGCGCCCGGAAGACCUCGCUCGCCAGCUUCGUGAAGAGGAGUCUCAAACGCCCAUGGAGACGGACACCCCGGAAGAGGGUGCAGAGGAACCUGGUCUCGUUAUUGAUGAGACCUCUGAAUUUGUCUCCAACCUACAAAAGCCAACCCUCCCCGAGCGGGAGGAACGCCGAACUGCGACUCCAGCUGAAGAGACUGGUGUUCAGCCCGAACCCGAAGCGGAACCUGAGGAUGUGAACAUGGAGCGGAGCUACAAUGAUAUUGAGGAUGGGGAGGAUCUUAAAGAACGUCUCAAGCGCGAAGAAUCCAGCCGGGCUCCACAAGAGCUUACUGGCACUGGCUUGGAAGAAGAAUCUACUCUGGACCAAGGUCUUGGAGCUACACUUUCGAUGCUGCGGCAGCGCGGCUUGGUCAAGGAAACCGACAGCAGCAGCUCGAACUCUCUGUUACGCGAUCGCCAGCGCUUCCUGCAGGACAAGCUGAAUCGUGAGGCCGACGCGGAGCGGCGUGCUCGGAUGCAGCGUGAGCGCGACCGUGCAUCCGGCAAGCUGGACCGCAUGUCCGCCCGGGAGCGCGAAGAAUACGCACGCUGGGAGAACAAGCAGCGCGAUCAGCAAGAAGCCCGCCAGGUGGCAGAGAUUUUCAACCGCGAGUACAAGCCCGACGUGCAGCUCAAGUAUACAGACGAAUACGGGCGCUCGAUGAACCAGAAGGAGGCGUUCAAGCAUCUCAGCCACCAGUUCCACGGCAAGGGCAGCGGCAAGAUGAAGACCGAGAAGCGACUGAAGAAGAUCGAAGAGGAGAAGAAGCGCGAGGCGAUGAGCGCCUUGGACAGCAGUCAGCACACGGGCAUGAACAAUGCUAUGGGCCAACAGGCGCGCAAGAACCGACAGGCCGGCGUUCGCCUGGGCUGA